UGAGAGGGAAUGACGGUGGAUGGUGGGGGCAGGGGCCAUCCAAGCGUAGCUCCCGCAGCCUGGUGAACCUGUGUGCCCUGCAAUUGUAGCUGGACUUGAGGGACUCUACCCUCCCUUUACCUUUAAGUCCGAAUUUGCAGUGAUUCCGGAGUGUCAUCCCUCCCAGUGUGUGGUGUGUGGCUGUGCACCACACUGGUUCACCGGCGCCCCUCCACGGCGGUGCACGGACCUGACGGCGGCCUGGGGGGGCAGCCAUGACAGACGAGAAGACCUUCCGCAUCGGUUUCAUUGUGCUGGGGCUCUUCCUGCUUGCCCUCGGUACGUUCCUCAUGAGCCAUGACCGGCCCCAGGUCUAUGGCACCUUCUAUGCCAUGGGCAGCGUCAUGGUGAUUGGGGGCGUCAUCUGGAGCAUGUGCCAGUGCUACCCCAAGAUCGCCUUCGUACCCGCUGACUCAGACUUCCAAGGCAUCCUGUCCUCGAAGCCACUGGGCUUGCUGGAGAACGGGCUCACUGCUGAGAUGAAGAGGGAGACCAGGGGGACAGAGCAGGCAGGCCAGGGGCAGCACGGAUGGCUGUUGGACGAAUCUUCGCACACCCACCUGUUCUCUCUCCCGCCGCCUGCCGUUCACCCGUCCAGCCUGCAGCCCCCCUAUGUCAGGCUGUGGGAGGAAGCCGCCUAUGACCAGAGCCUCCCCGACUUCAGCCACAUCCGGAUGAAGGUCCUGGGCUGCAGCGAGGACCCCCGCCCCCUGCUAGUCCCUGAGCGGGCACAGCAGCAGCCGGAAGCCUGUGAGAGAGGAGCAGGGGGCCUUCCUGACGCUCAGGCCUGGAUGGAGGCUGCCGUGGUCGUCCACAGGGGCUCAGAGGAGGACGAGGGAGAAAGAAACCCAACUCAGAGCAGACCUGGCCCCCCAGCCUGUCCUCAGGGCCCUGCACCUUUGGCUUCCUUCCAAGAUGACCUGGACUUGGGUUCCAGUGAGAGUGGCAGCCCCAACCCAUCUCCACCUGAGGGGGAGGAGCCUGGCCCCCAGCCACGGGAGCCCUGGGCCUGCAGGUACAGGUUGGACCGCUUCCAUGACUUUGCUCUGAUCGACGCCCCCACGUCGGAGGAUGCUCCUCCAGAGGGGCAGUGGCAGGACACAGCCCUGCCCAGCUACUGGCAGCGUUCCCCGAGGACAAAGGAGGACGAGGCGGCUUCGGAUACAGGCGUGGAAGAGCCAGAGCAGGAGGAGGAAGACUUGUACUAUGGGCUGCCAGACAGCCCGGGGGACCCCCUCCCAGACAAAGAACUGGGCUUUGAGCCCGAUGCCCAGGGCUGAGACGGAACUGUCCCUGAGUGCUAGCCUGCAGGGCCACUAGCCCUGUGUGAACUCCUCACAGGGCCUCAAUUUCCCUAUCUGCGAAAUGGGGUUGUAUGGAGGUUCAAAUGAGGUGGUGGAUUCUAGAGCACUUGGAGAACUGUAAAACAACACACGGGGAGGAGGUGAUUACUUUCAAUGGACCAUCGCCCAUCCAGUUGUUAUUUUGGGGGUGGGGGUAAAGGUGAAAUGUGAUUUGUUGUGAAGAUUUGUGACAGCUGGGGUCCUCAAGACCCUUUUUGCCUUCCCCCAAAGCUGGCCUCUGAACAGGAGCCCUCCUUAGUGCUAUGCCUGGGCCCAUGACGCUGUGUGAAGGACUCCGUGUUCCUGUUCCUGUUGAGCCCUGUAGUCCACCUGGUAGCUGGCGUGAGCUGUCUUCACCCAGAGCUCAGCACGUCGCCACCGCCCACAUCCCUCCUAUGGCUCCCAUUGCUCCAGGAUCCAAAACCUUCCAUGACUGACCUCUGCUGACCUCCCAACUUCCAUCCUGGUCAGCCCCACACCGCACCCUCUGCUCCUCAAUCCCGGGGCCAUGUCCUCUCUCCUCCACAUGCUCACCCUGCUGCCCCACACCCCUUCCCACACGGUCUGUCCCCUCUUCCAGGAAGCCCUUUGGUAUAGAUGUCCCUCCUCUGAAAGCCUUUCUUGAUGUCACCGCUUCCUAGAACAAGUUAGUCCCGGCUCUUUGGUGCCACCUUUGGGCCUUUUUAUACUUAUCACUGGAGCAUGACUGUUUGCUCAAGGCUAGCAUCCUUGCUUUACUCACCUUGGUAUCACCUGUGCCCAGAGUCAGAGGUCAUUGAGGGUGUAAGGAACUGACCAGAACCCAGGAAACUUUUGCAGAUAAUGUUCUCCUCUCCCACUUCCCUAACGCUUUGACUCAGCCUCUUUACUCUCUGACACUCAAACCUACGAAUAGCCUGCACAGGAGUCACAAAGCCAGGCAAAGAGCUCGCAGAGAACCUCCCUCCCCGCAGAAUACGUCUGCAUUGGGUUGGGAUUGUGGGUGAAACGAACCUGCCUGGCUUAACUCAAUUUGACUAAGGUGGUGUAUACUGAGCAUCUACUAUGUGCCAGACACCAAGCCAGGACCUUCGGGGGAAAGACACAUGAACUAACAGUUCUUGCUCUCCAAAGGCUCACAAUCUAGUGAGCUUGGUUUCUUGUAAGUUAGGGACAGAGUGCAGAUCAAGAGCAGAAGUGGGAGCAGAGAAGUAAAAAAUUGGCACACCAGAGGCAGCAGAGUGACACACAAUCAUCUGGGGUCAGCGAAUGCAGGGACAAAUAGCCCAGCCUGCUUCAGCAGCCCCUGAAGAUACCUACUGUGUUGUAGCAUCACAGAGUAGUGCUUUUAGGAUGCUGACCUCUGCCAAGCCCCUCCGUGUCUCAGCACAGAGACUAUGGCAGCUUCAGAGAAAGGGGCAGUGGCACUACCUCAAACCAGGCCCACACACUCAGAGGUUGCACUCUGGGCCACCUGGGAGGGGGAGACCUUCACCUGGGCUGGGCCUCUAGAUUAGGGCUGGGGGACCCAGCAGUGGGAAAGGGAUCUCCUCCGUGCUGCAUCAGAAGGGCACACCCCUGGGACCCACUCCCUCUUCUUUCUGGGUCAUUCUAUGUCCAGUGUGAAAGCCUUGGUAGUGAAAGGCAUCGCGGGCUCAUCUUUU